GCAUCAAUAAAACUCAUCAGAGCAUAUUUACAAAAAUCUAUAUUGACUUUAAGACAUUCUAUUCAAAAUUGUGGGACAUGCUAUAAAUUUUUAUACAGGGCAUUUCAAAAAAAUUACUUACUUUUUCAUUUAAAAGUGGGAUAUUAUGACAUUCAUGCACCUUGCGCUGCAUUUUACUAACUUCAGUUUUGUUUAUUUUGCAGACCACUAGUUGUUCAGAAAACUUUCAACAAGAAAAAUUUCAAAAACUACUUGUGGAAUAUAUAGCACAGAAGUAUCUCCCUUUCAACUUUUUUGAAGAUGCUAUAAGUGGAAAAAUGUACAAAUUCCUAAAUCCAAAGGCAACUCUACCUGGUCGGAAUCAAAUGAAAUCUUUGACAUUAAAAACGUUUGCAGCAGCGCAGCAAAUAAUUAAGUCAUUUUUGAAAACAUGUAAUUCAAAAAUCUCGUUCACAAUCGAUGGAUGGUCUUCUUUUAAUAUGAAGGGGUACUAUGGUAUUACCGUCCAUUUAAUCGAUAAAAAUUGGGAACUUCAUUGUAUCCUUCUAGAUUUUGUGCCAGCACAUGGGCAACAUACUGGUAAUGCAAUUGCAAAGCUAUUUUUCGAAGUAUUACAAUUCUACGGUGUUACAAAAUGCAUACAAGGGCUGACUCUCUGCAAAUUUCUGAACCAUCACUUCAAGUAGCAGCAUCUUCAAACCCUAGUAAAGAUAGUAGUGU